AUGUUUGGCGUCAUUGGAGACACUAUUAUUUCCCGUAAAUAGAUACACGUGUGUUUUUAUUGGCAUUAAAUGAACAGAAGCUUCAGGUUGCAGGAGAUCAUACACAGACCAGAGAUACAGCGUGUAUGAUUUAAAAAUGGAAACAGAAAAAGAUGCUAGACAAGAAAAUGAGCAAACAACAGGGAAAUCAGGCAAAGGAAUUAUUAUAGCAGCCAGAGAGAGAGGACCUGGACCAGGACGAUAUGGCCUUCCCUCGACAUUGGGAUACAUAGACCAUGAUUUUACAAAGCAUAUGAAACCUGCACACUCCUUUGGACAAAGGCUUGGUAGUUUGAUGGCAAAAGACUGCAGUCCUGGACCUGCCCACUUCAUUGAUCCAAGACACACACGACACGGGAAAGAUGGCACUCCAUCAUACUCCAUGCUAGCCAGGCCAAAAGAUCCAAAUUUUUUCAAAACCCCAGGCCCAGGACGGUAUGAAAAUGAAAAAGCUCAUCCACAAGGAGAAAAGCAUGCUCCAGUUUACUCAAUGGGUGCCCGUACACGGUUCAGAAAAAGUGACAAGAACCCUGCUUCCAAUGUAUACUCUCUUCCUCAACUCAUUGGCCCUGCUCAACCAAACAAGAGGUCAUAUCCAAGUUAUUCCAUGACAGCAAGAAGGAAUGUUGGCCAUUUUGCUGAGGACUUAUCAAAAACCCCUGGCCCUGGACGUUAUGACGCUCUCAAUCCAAACACCUGGAGAAACAAAGCUCCAAUCUAUGGACUCCAGUCUCGCCACUAUAUGCCAGGUGAUACUACAGUUAAACCAGGACCAGGUGCUCAUCGGCCUGAGCGUGUCACUGUACACAAACCAACACCUCCCAAACACUCUCUGGGUGUUAGGCACUCGGAGUUCGUAUGUCCUCUCAUCGUGCCAUGUUCUGAUUAGUUAUUCUCCAAGUGUGUUCACAUCUCAUCUAUGCAUCUCCUUUGUUGAAGCGGUAUGUCUUUCAAGAACUUGUUUAUGGUGCACUUGCCACUAUUUUGUUAGUAGUAUAGUAAGUGAUAUUGGAGGUAAAGACAAUCAUCAGUAUUCGUAAUUUUUUCCUAUGAUGGAACUCUCAUUGCUCAACUUUUGUUUAUGUCCUGUGAUAUACAAUCAUAUUGAUGCAUAUUUCACAAUAAUUGUACAUUUUUGUUGCUCAAUCAUGGAAAGUAUUAUCCAAACAGUUUGCAUUUUUAAAAUAUUGUCUACAAGAAACAUAAAGUGAAAAUGAAAUAAAUAUCAAUCGUAACA